CAAUUACACAGCGCAUGGGCAUCAAGGAAGAUGCCGACCGCAGCUCAGACCAGAUCGAGCAAGCCAAGCAGGACCAGCUCAAGGAACAGAAGCAGGGACAGGGGCGAUGGCGCGAGGAUCUAGCCAGCUCUGGCGAAAGCAAUAUCGCCGCCGACCGGCAACAAGUCGACAACCACGACGCACACAUGAAAGAGGGGAAAUGUAGAUCUGUGGGCUGGGAGAAGCCAUGGACGUAUGUCAUACAUACAUGCAUACAUGAUGAUUGGGCAUUUGCAAGCAAUUGGUGGCUAGUUUCGUCAUCACGACAGGAAACGUACAACCCCGUAUCGAGGGAAUACGACAAAGUUUUCGAAUAUAAAGAGGAUAGGAAGUAAUGGGUGCAUACAGCCGUUGAAUUCAACAAAUGUCUCCCAGGCCUCCACUAUUAUGAAACGAGGCGGCGCUGUCAGAUGCAUGCUCUCCGUUUUUAGGUGUCAAUAUUAGGGUGGCGUAGUCCGUUUCAGCAAUCAA